AUGUCUCUAAACGUAUUGGCAUUUACAUUUGGAAUCAUGGGCAACAUCAUAUCGUUCAUCGUUUUCUUGGCACCAGUGCCAACUUUUGUUAGAAUCUGCAAGAAGAAAUCCAUAGAAGGGUUUCAAUCACUUCCCUAUGUGUCAGCGCUCUUUAGCGCGAUGCUAUGGAUUUACUACGCUAUGCAGAAAGAUGGAUCAGGCUUCCUUCUGAUUACCAUAAACGCCGUAGGAUGCUUCAUCGAAACCAUCUACAUCAUCCUCUUCAUUACCUAUGCUAACAAGAAAGCUAGAAUAUCAACUUUGAAGGUUCUUGGGCUCCUGAAUUUCUUGGGUUUUGCCGCAAUCAUUCUUGUGUGCGAGCUCUUAACCAAAGGAUCGAAUCGUGAGAAAGUCCUUGGAGGGAUUUGCGUCGGAUUUUCCGUUUGUGUUUUCGCAGCUCCUUUGAGCAUCAUGAGAGUGGUGAUACGAACAAAGAGUGUGGAGUUUAUGCCCUUUUCUCUAUCAUUGUUUCUUACGCUCAGCGCCAUUACGUGGCUCUUCUACGGUCUUGCUAUUAAAGACUUCUACGUUGCGCUUCCAAACAUACUGGGUGCGUUUCUCGGAGCAGUUCAAAUGAUUCUCUACGUGAUAUUCAAAUACUACAAAGCCCCAAAGCCCGAUGACACAGAGAAACCCAAAACGGUGACGGAUCAUUCCAUCGAUAUGGUCAAGCUUGCAUCCACUACUCCAGCUUCCGGUGAUUUGGCGGCUCAUCAAACUCAUGGUGGUGAUUUAGAGGGUCAGAUGGAAAACAAAGUGUCAAACCAAAUCCAAACUUAA